CGAUCACUUCGAUGACUUUUUGAUAUCGAAUGCGUUCAACAUUAAAGGGAUUGGUCCUCUAAACGAAAUAAAAUUUAAUAUUGAUUAAAUUUUAAGAAAAUACGUACUCUAAGUUGUUUAAUUUAAAAGGAGCGGAUUGGAUUGCCAAAUUUGAAAAACCUGUGUUGCAAGUGAAUUGGAAUACUGAUUAUUAAUACAAAGUAAGCACAAUGUCGCAGCAGACGAUCGAUAACCUCACAUUGGAUCUUGAAGAGCUCAAACAGUUGGCCAACACCGCAAAGCGUUCCCGCGUGCAGCAGCUGUUGUCGAUUGACAUUCGCAAGCUGGAAACAGAUUUACAGCACCAGAAGGAAUUGCUAGCGGCCAAAGAGAAAGAACAACUUGCCGGUGGGGCGUCCAAACCGCCCGCGCCGCUCCCGGGCGAUGUCAAACGGUACCGGAUUGAGCUGAAAGAAUAUGCCUGGGACCAGAGUGACAAGUUCAUCAAAAUCUUCGUCACCGUUAACGAAGUUCAGCAGGUUCCAGAGGAGAGUGUGAAUGUGGAAUUCACCGCCAACUCGUUCAACCUGUUGGUCAGCAAUCUGAACAACAAGGAUUACAUUUUCACGGUGAACCACCUGCUAAACGAGAUUGAUCCGGCGAAGAGCUAUCGGAAGGUAAAAUCCGACAUGGUGGCAAUCUAUUUGGCAAAGGUGGAACCCACCAAGUGGACACACAUGACCCUAACGGCUAAGCGGCUCCAGGACAUGAAGGACGAGCGUAUGUCUACCAGCACUAAGGACAGCGAGGCAGAUCCAUCCAGUGGGUUGAUGAAAAUGAUGCAGCAGCUGUACGAUAGCGGCGAUCCGGACACCAAACGAAUGAUCAACAAGGCUUGGCACGAGUCUCAGAAUAAGAAAGGCGACAUGCCGAACAUGCCCUUCAUACCGUAGGGUGAGAUUUUGUUUAAUUUAGAGUCAAGUGUAAGAUGGCAAUCGGCAUUUAUAGUAAUUAUUACAUUCUUUCUAUUGAUCUAAAGACUUGAAGCUAAUAUGUAGGGUCCAUGGAACUGAAUUGAAUAAAUCCGUGAAUUAAAGAAUAA